AUGGACAGAGUUAUCUAUAUUAAGCAAGCUAAAGCAGCAUGGGAUGGUUUGGUUAGCUACUACACAGCGUCUGAUAAGGUCAAGAAGGUUAGAUUGAAAACCCUAAAGAUAAAGUAUGAAUUAUUGCAGAUGGAAAGUACUGAAACAAUAUCAGAUUUUUUCUCAAAGACUUUGAAUAUUGUCAAUGAGAUGAAGGCUAAUGGUGAUACUGUAAAAGAUUCAACAGUUGUUGAAAAGAUAUUAAGAAGUUUGCCAGAAAAAUUUGAAUCAAAAGUAACUGCUAUAGAGGACUGCAACACAGUUGCAACUAUGACUCUUAAUGAGUUAUUGGGCUCAUUACUAGCCUAUGAACAAAAAUUGAUAGAGAAGACAGUCGCUGCAAAACAAGUUGAAGAAGCACUUCAAAGUCAAGUUAGAUGGAAAAGCAACCAAGGAAAACUUAAUGCUGGAAGGUUUCAAGGAAAAUAUAACAAUGGAGGAAGAUCUAAUAUUGGAGGUUAUCAAGGAAUAAAACCAGUUGAUAGAUCAAAAGUUCAGUGUUUCAACUUUGGUGAUUUUGGGAAUUUUGCUACAGAGUGUCCAACACCUAGAAAGACUUCUGAAAAUAAUUAUAAAUCAAAUUUCAAAGCUAAUAUUGCUGAAAGUCAAGAAUAA